AUGGCCGCCGAACGCAUUGGUUCCAUCAUUAAGCACCUGGCCCCUGGGUCGGCUCUUAGCAGCAUUCAAGCAAAGAACCCCGACGAUAUUGUCAUUACUUAUGCUGCCCGAACACCUCUCACAAAGGCCAAGAAGGGUGGUUUUAAGGACACGACUCUCGAAUAUAUGGUCUAUGCUCUUCUUAAGGAAGUCCGCGAGCGAUCAAAGCUAGAUCCCGCUCUUGUCGAGGAUAUUUGCCUUGGAAACGUUUCCGAUGCUAAGGCCGCCUACAAGGUUCGCGCCUCUUCCCUCGCCGCUGGUUUCCCCAACACCGCCGGCGCCUCUUCCAUAAACCGAUUCUGCUCUUCCGGUCUCAAGGCCACCGCCGAUAUCGCCCACUCCAUCUCCAAUGGUUCUAUCGAGAUCGGUAUCGCCAUGGGCGCCGAGCAGAUGACAAUUGGUGGAGACGCGCUUGACCAGCCUUUCGAUACCGCUGUUACAUCACAAAGCCAGGAAGCCGAGGACUGCAUGCAGCCUAUGGGCUGGACAAGCGAGAACGUUAGCAAGGACUUUGGCGUUACCCGUGGCGUGAUGGACAAGUAUGCCGCCGGGAGCUUCCAGAAGGCUGAGGCGGCGCAAAAGGCUGGCUGGUUUGCUGAUGAGAUCGUUCCCAUCACCACCAAGAUCAAGGGUCCCGAUGGUCAGGAGAAGGAGGUUACUCUUACUCAGGACGAGGGUAUCCGACCGGGCACUACCCCUGAGAGCCUUGGCAAGAUUCGAGCUGCUUUCCCUCAAUGGGGUGGAGCUACAACUGGUGGUAACGCCAGUCAACUCACUGACGGAGCCGCCGCCGUUUUGCUGAUGAAGCGAUCUACCGCCAUCAAGCUCGGCCAGCCUAUCAUGGCCAAGUAUGUUGGUUCCACCGUUGCUGGUCUUGCGCCUCGCAUCAUGGGCAUUGGUCCCAGCAUCGCUAUCCCCAAGCUUCUCGCCCAGCACAACAUUUCCCUGGAUGAUAUCGAUAUCGUCGAGAUCAACGAGGCCUUCGCCUCCAUGGCUGUCUACUGCCAGGACAAGCUUGGCCUGACAUCAGAAAAGCUUAACCCCCGCGGAGGUGCCAUCGCGCUGGGUCACCCACUGGGUGCUACUGGUGCGAGACAGAUUGUUACAGGUCUGUCUGAGUGCAGGCGGCAGAAGAAGAAGAUGCUUUUGACAAGCAUGUGUAUCGGUACAGGCCAGGGUAUGGCAGGCCUGUUUGUGAACGAGCAGGUAUAG